CACCAGUGUCAAAAUUCAGGCUCACCCGAGUGUCAUCUGAGCCCUCACUGUGAGUGUGGAGUGAGUGUGGAAAAACAGUCCAAAUUGACAUUCAUAACGAAGGGCGGGGGAGCGCUUGCUGUCAAAAAUGUGGGUGAAAGAAGCCCUAUUUGACUGUGGAUCGUUUGGCUAAAAAAAAAUAUGGAAAACAAAAACAAAAACGUAAGCAUCGUAGACGAAAAUGGGAAUCCUGGUAAGCGGCCCUUAAGCAUGCUAAGAAAUUUUGAAGAAGAAGAAGAAACAACACUUGAUUCUGGAAACGCUAAAAAGCAGCAAAAAGAGCAACCAUCUGGGACAAUGAAGAAUUAUAUUGUUUUUCCAAAUGGACAAAAACUAGAAAUUCGUGGCACUAUUUGUGGUGCUGUCAAUCUGGAUCAAACUGUAUGUGCGAAACCAUUAGAUGCUAAUCCGAGCUCCACACAAACACAGCAAACUAUUUUUUUAAAAACUGCUGGAGCUACUCCAUGUACUAGCAAACCUGUACAACAGCCAUUAGAUGUUAAAAAGUCUGCUGGAAAACCAGAUCCCGUCACACAUACACAGCAAACUAUUUUUUUAAAGACUGCUGGAGCUACUCCAAGUACUAGCAAACCUGUACAACAGCCAUUAGAUGUUAAAAAGUCUGCUGGAAAGCCACAUCCCGUUACACAAACACAGCAAACUAUUUUUUUAAAGACUGCUGGAGCUACUCCAAGUACUAGCAAACCUGUACAACAGCCAUUAGAUGUUAAAAAGUCUGCUGGAAAGCCACAUCCCGUUACACAUACACAGCAAACUAUUUUUUUAAAGACUGCUGGAGCUACUCCAAGUACUAGCAAACCUGUACAACAGCCAUUAGAUGUUAAAAAGUCUGCUGGAAAGCCACAUCCCGUUACACAUACACAGCAAACUAUUUUUUUAAAGACUGCUGGAGCUACUCCAAGUACUAGCAAACCUGUACAACAGCCAUUAGAUGUUAAAAAGUCUGCUGGAAAACCAGGUCCCGUCACACAAACACAGCAAACUAUUUUUUCAAAGACUGCUGGAGCUACGCCGAGUCCGAGCAAACCGAGUCUGCAAGAACAACCGAUGGUUAAUACCGAACUAUCUGGUGGUUUGCUUGAUCCCGACGAUACUCCAUUCUUAAUCACCAAGAACAUAUUACGACAGCUUAUUCGUGAUGAAGUUACUAGCGUACUCCAGGAACAAAGGGAUAGUUUCAUGGAACCAAUGUUUCGACGCAUGGCCGGAAUGGAAGCGACUUUUGCUUCACUGUAUAAUCAAAUCUCGUCACAGACCAAUCAAACGAAUGUUGAUCCAAAAGUGUUGGAAAAUUUCGAGUUUGAUACCAUCGACAGUGGCGAAGCAUUGACUGAACUUGACGAGCGACUUAAAAACGAUGAUCAGUAUAAAAAUACGUUUGUUGCAUGGGUUCAAAGGUACAUUAACGUUCCAAUAAGUACAAAAAGGAUGUCGAAACUGCUCAAAGCGUUAUUUACACCCAAAUUUCUUUGCCUUCUGACAUGGAGUGGAAGAGGAAAAAGAGCAAUGUACACUCUGUCAAAUUAUAAAGGAAUAAUAGACUUGUUUAAAACUGUAGGAAGUACUGAACUUUCCAAAGUAGGGGACCGUGAAGUUGCAGAUUUCUUCAUCCUUAAAUUGAGAUACGCUACAUACUAUCUAAGCCGGCAGGAAUGCAACCAAACAAAUCGUUGAGGAAUCUUUAUGUUUAAUUGAGGUUUAAAAGCCUUUGACUUUACACUUCAUUGAAUUUCGCCUCUUAAUUCAUGUGAUAUCUUAGAACUCUUAUAUAUACAAUACAAUGCAGUACAAAAUAAAUGAAAUCGAUGUUUUGUUAACAA